CUCUAGGAUACUGCUGAGGAUUCGCCGUGGGAUGAACUGAGGGAGCAAAGGGAAGGCAUGGAGGGCUUUUUGCUCGCUCAUGGCUACCAGCUGGGCAGGACCAUUGGAGGGGGGACGUACUCCAAAGUGAAGGAGACCUUUUCCCAAAGGCACCGCCAGAAAGUGGCCGUUAAAAUAACUGAUAAGAAGGAAGUGCCAGAAGGUAAGAGGAGAGAUUCAGAGCAGCCCUUCAACGACACCGACAUCCCCCGCAUGCUGCACCAGCAGCAGAAGGGAGUCUCGGUGCCCGCGCACCUCGGCAUCUCCAAGGAGGGGCAGAACCUCCUCAGGAUGCUCCUGGAACCGGACAUGGGGCUGAGGCUGUCCAUUGAGGGGGUCCGCAGGCACCCCUGGCUGACCAACCCCCGAUCUCCCCACAUGGAAGCGUUUCUAAUACUAACAUCAAUUUGGAGGUCAGUGUCUGUCGUGUCUCCAGCCUCGCAGGUGACCGUGCCACUCGUGCUCAGGCAGCCACUCUCUGCUUCAGCUAACACCCGUGACUGCCACAGCAGCAUCCCAAGCUGA